AUGGGUCUUUGCUUAUCUUGUCUAGGGAGUAAUCAAUCUACAGAGGAAGAUGAACAAGCAUCAAUGUUAUCAGAUGAUAAGGCCAAGAUAGUCGAAGAGGAAUUAUUAAAUGAACUUCGUAACAGACAAUUAAAUGCAAUUCUAAACAGUACAAAUGACCAUCUCAUAGACAUAAGUGCAAUGAAAAUGAUGUCUAAUUAUGGAAGUAAUUCGCACCAUGAUAAUGAAACUGACGACAUGAAUUCAACUUUACAACAUGAUGACAAUGAUGUUUUUAAAGUGAUACCAAUUCCAAGUAGCACCAUAAAGCAAGAAAUAGAAAAACAGAUGCAGAAUUACAGUGCCAAAUACGGGGAAAAUACAGUCAGGAAAUAUUUGAAGAUAAAUGAUCCUAAUUCUCCUGAUGCAAAUUACACAAUCGACUUUGUGUGA